GCGCAGUCGUCCGGCGGGCUCGGGAGGACACACCGCCGAGGACCGAGCUCCGGGAACCGGGUGUGCGCAUCCAAGCAGAGUCGGGGCGCGCACCCAACCGCCUCUCCCCAACCUUGUUAUCCCUUCUGACUCGUGGCCGAGGUCCUCCCCUCCGCCUGCCCCGCCCUGGCCCCGCCCCGGCCCCGGCCGCCGGGACAGGGAGCCGGGAGCGGGUGCCGCAGCCCCAGGCAGGUGAGAAGAGCCGGGAGCCUCCAUCCGCGGCCCGUGGCAGCGCUCAGCAGCUCGGCCCCGCACCGGCCCGGGGGCGCGUCAAGGCCUGCGGCGUGAUGGCGGAGAAGGCGCUGGAGGCCGUGGGCUGUGGACUAGGACCGGGGGCCGUGGCCAUGGCCGUGGUGCUGGAGGACGGCGCGGAGCCCCCUGUGCUGACCACGCACCUGAAGAAGGUGGAGAAUCACAUCACCGAAGCCCAGCGCUUCUCCCACCUACCCAAGCGCUCAGCCGUAGACAUAGAGUUCGUGGAGCUGUCCUACUCCGUGCGGGAGGGGCCUUGCUGGCGCAAACGGGGUUAUAAGACUCUCCUCAAGUGCCUGUCAGGCAAAUUCUGCCGCCGGGAGCUGAUUGGCAUCAUGGGCCCCUCGGGGGCUGGCAAGUCCACGUUCAUGAACAUCUUGGCAGGGUACAGGGAGUCUGGUAUGAAGGGGCAGAUCCUGGUCAAUGGAAGACCGCGGGAACUGAGAACAUUCCGCAAGAUGUCCUGUUACAUCAUGCAGGAUGACAUGCUACUGCCACACCUCACAGUGUUGGAAGCCAUGAUGGUCUCUGCUAACCUGAAGCUGAGUGAGAAGCAAGAGGUGAAGAAGGAACUGGUGACAGAGAUCCUGACGGCACUGGGCCUGAUGUCCUGCUCCCACACGAGGACAGCCCUGCUCUCCGGCGGGCAGAGGAAGCGCCUGGCCAUCGCUCUGGAGCUGGUCAACAACCCACCUGUCAUGUUCUUUGACGAGCCCACCAGUGGUCUGGAUAGCGCCUCCUGUUUCCAAGUGGUAUCCCUCAUGAAGUCCCUGGCCCAGGGGGGCCGUACCAUCAUCUGCACCAUCCACCAGCCCAGUGCCAAGCUCUUUGAGAUGUUUGACAAGCUCUACAUCUUGAGCCAGGGUCAGUGCAUCUUCAAGGGCAUGGUCACCAACCUGAUCCCCUAUCUGAAGGGGCAGGGCUUACACUGCCCCACCUACCACAACCCGGCUGACUUUAUCAUCGAGGUGGCCUCUGGCGAGUAUGGAGACCUGAACCCCAUGCUGUUCAGGGCAGUGCAGAAUGGGCUCUGUGCCAUGGCUGAGAAGAAGAGCAGCCCCGAGAAGAAUGAGGUCUCCGCCACCUGCCCCCCUUGCUCUCAGGAAGUGGAUCCCAUUGAAAGCCACACCUUUGCCACCAGCACUCUCACGCAGUUCUGCAUCCUCUUCAAGAGGACCUUCUUGUGCAUCCUCAGGGACACGGUCCUGACCCACCUGCGGUUCAUGUCCCAUGUGGUGAUUGGUGUGCUUAUUGGCCUCCUCUACCUGCACAUCGGUGAUGAUGCCAGCAAGGUCUUCAACAACACCGGCUGCCUCUUCUUCUCCAUGCUCUUCCUCAUGUUCGCUGCCCUCAUGCCAACUGUGCUCACGUUCCCCUUAGAGAUGGCAGUCUUCGUGAGGGAGCACCUCAACUACUGGUACAGCCUCAAAGCAUAUUACCUGGCCAAGACCAUGGCUGAUGUGCCCUUUCAGGUGGUGUGCCCAGCAGUGUACUGCAGCAUCGUGUACUGGAUGACAGGCCAGCCAGCUGAGACCAGCCGCUUCCUACUCUUCUCAGCCCUGGCCACAGCCACCGCCUUGGUGGCCCAGUCUUUGGGGCUGCUAAUUGGAGCUGCCUCCAAUUCCCUGCAGGUGGCCACCUUUGUGGGACCGGUUACCGCCAUCCCUGUUCUCUUGUUCUCCGGCUUCUUUGUCACCUUCAAGACCAUCCCCACUUACCUGCAAUGGAGCUCCUACCUCUCCUAUGUCAGGUAUGGCUUUGAGGGAGUGAUCCUGACAAUUUAUGGCAUGGAGCGAGGAGACCUGACAUGCUCAGAGGAACGCUGCCCAUUCCAGGAGCCACAGAGCAUCCUCCGAGCACUAGAUGUAGAAGAUGCCAAGCUCUACAUGGACUUCGUGGUCCUGGGCAUCUUCUUCCUGGCCCUACGGCUGCUGGCAUAUCUCGUGCUCCGUUACCGGAUCAAGUCAGAGAGAUAGAGCCUUGUGCCUGGCCUGCGCCCCAGCCCCCGCAGCAGAAAGCCCCCAGCCCCAGCCCUUUGGGACUGUUUUAACCUUGUAGACUUGGGCACUGGUUGCUGGUGCAGCCACCCUCCCCUCCCUCGGCUCCUCCACAGGCUGGCUGAUGGACUGCGCUCCUAGCCCUGGCCCUGGGGGUGGGGGCUCCAGCCUCCCUUACCACGUGCCUGGGGUUUUUCCCAAGUUGAUGCAGUUUGUAGCUUCCUCCCUCUUCUCUCCAACACCUGCAUGCAAAGACCACUAGGAGGCUGCCACCCUCUUCCUGCUCUUGGCACCCUCCUCUGUUGUCUGCCUGGGUGCUCCAGGCUCUCCAGGCCCCACUUACAACUGACCAAAGUGGUCCCCUCUGGGGAUCCCCACCACACAAGUGUUUGUAAACUGGGCUGCUGUAAGGUUGGGGUUCCAGGGCUGGGCCCUGAUGGAGUCUCCCAGAAGUCCCAUUAUGGACACUGAAACGGAGCAGGGAAGGACUCUGGAAGUCUCUUCCUCCUCCUCCUCACCUUGUCCCCACCCCCAGACCCUGGCUGAUUUGGACAAUCUGCUGGGACAGAAGCUGGGUUUUCUGUCUUGGUCCCCCCUCUCAGUCCUGGGGAUCAGACAGGACUGGGGCCAUGGGAUGCCCCUGUCUCCCCUCCCCAUCUCCUUUAGUGGGAGGUAGGGCCUGGUGGCACCUCUGCAAUAAUGUCUGUUUCUCUUCCACCUGCCACUGGAACUGGCAAAUGCACUUUAUUCUGGGCGCAGGGUGAGGGGGGCAAGAACCAGCCCUCCUUCUUAGCUGCUCCUGAAGCAAUGUCUGCAAUGCUCCCUCCCUCUCCAGGUUACAGGCACUUACUCUGCGAACAGGCAAUCUCUGCCAUGUGUACAAUGGCCAUCCCCUGCAGCUCAGAGGGAGAAUGCUGGUGCAAGGUGGUGAGGGUGCUGCAGGGAAGGCAAUGCCAAUCUCUUCCUGAGGGGCCCCACUUUGGAGUCUCUAAGGAUAAGGCUGGUGCUGCCCAGGGUGUCUCCAGGAUCUGCAGGUGUCUACUCCCCAGUCUUCCCUCCCUCCCAAGCCAGGGGUGGCACAGGGCACUAGCUCCCUGGAGUUUAGGACCCAACACAAGCACAGGCAUGGGCGUAAGUUGGCCUAGGCCACCGCCACCCCAUGGCCCUCCUUUCGUGCUCCAGGCUGGCAUUCCCACCCCUUCAUUCCUUCCCCAGCCUCCUUGCUGCUCACUGAAACUCCCCUCCAUGCCUCCCACCCCCCUCAGUCAAGGUGGCCCCAGGACAUCAGAGCAACAUGUCCUGAGCACCAGGGUGGCAGACGCACCUAGAGCUUGUCUGUCUUUCCUGGUGGGGUCCAGGUUCAUUCUACUUCUGAUUUCCCUCCCCCAGGGCUCUUUUUCCCCCUUACUCCUGUACACGUACCCCUCUACCUUCCCUUACCCUGCCACGGAUUCUUCCCUUACACAGAGAUGCCAGUUGUACUUGUGGGAUUUCACCCAUUAUUAAUAAAACCUAUAUUUAUACAGUAUGCAGUGU